ACACUCAGGCAACAUUUUUCUUACCUGAGAACUGUUGACCAGUUCGAGGAACGUUGCUUUCAACACCAACGUUAAUUUAAAUGUUGCUUGAACAAGGCAAACGUUUCUCCAACCUGAAAAUCAACAGAGUUUUUUUUUUGUCGGGAGGAGGAGGAGGAGGAGGAGGAGGAGGAGGUGGUCCUAAUGGAGGAGGAGGUCCCGAUGGAGGGGGAGGAGGUCCCGAUGAUGGGGAGAGAGGAGGAGGAGGUCCCGAUGCAGGAGGAGGUCCCGAUGGAGGAGGAGGAGGACGUCCCGACGAUGAAGGAGGAGGAGGAGGAGGAGGAGGUGGUAAAGGAGGGGGAAGAGGAGGAGGAGGAGGUCCCGACAAUGGAGGAGGAGGAGGUCCCGAUUAUGGAGGAGGAGGAGGAGGAUGACGAAGGGAAGGAAACUUACCGGGCGAGGGUGGGCGAUGGCGCGUGGGUUGCGAGCGUUAGGCGUCGGAGCUCGGCAAACUGCAACG